UAUCAUUUAUUCGUUUUCCCGAGUUCGUCGAGAGAGGUUCGCUUCGAUCGGUAGCGCUAUAUCUUAAAACCCAGUGCGCAGUGCGCUUAAUACCCGAAAAAGUCAACAAACAUCACUCUUACAACGACUGCAAGUUGUAUAAAUAAACAUAACACUAAUAGUGCUGCCACAGGGCAUUCAUCCAAUAGAGAACUCCAAAUACAGACACAAACGUUUAGUUUUGUGAGUGGAAUUGCAGUGUAGUGUGCAAAGAUCACCAAACCAAAAACCACAACCAAGUGCUAUUAAACCAAGGCUUUUGUUUAUAAAUAUCUUAUAAACAAUUGCAGUGUGAAAUUUCACUUUUGAAGGCAACAAAACGCAAAAGAAGGUGCCACAAAACGCACACACAGAAGCACUCGCUGUCACACACACACACCGACACACGCUCUCGUGUGGAGACCGUGAUUUGUAUUUGUGUGGAGACUGCCGUUCUCUCGCUCUCUUUUGGGGCUGCCCGAAAACAAAGUUUUGGCGCCAAAAGUUUGACAGUUCGCUUUGGCGUGUGAUUCGCAAACAAGUGGCGAGAAAACUGCGUCCCAAAACAGACUAGAAAAACAUUAGAGAAUCUUCGAAACAGAUAUACCCCACUAUAUCAACAUGGUCAGUGCCCGAGUUCUAAAUCCUGUGAUGCUCAGUGAGUUCUGCAAGAUGAGCAGCAGUCCGGCGGUGAGUCGCAAUUUGCCUUGCGGUCGCCAGUUGAAUCGCAUCAAGCGUGACCUUUUCGGUAGCUCCAAAUCCGCCGAGGGUACAGCCAACAAAACACCCUUCAAUGCUGAACUGGAGCGCCAUCAGGAAUUGGCAACGCAAAAGUGGGGAUUCGACUUCCGCGCCGGCUGCCCUUUGCCCGAGAAAUCCUCCUUUAUUUGGGAGCGAGUUAGCUUCCAGGAGUCAAGCUUCGCACCGGAGAUGUACACCCUUACCCGGGCCGCCCACGUUCGUCCAUCCACGGAGAGCAGCCCCAGCGAUAUGGACAUUUUGGUCAACCAGCGCUCCGAACGCGAAAACUUUGGCUCCAGCCUAGUAAACUCCUCGAUGGAGUCCAACACGGAUAAUGACUCCUGCUACGACUCCCAAGAGGAGUCGCUAACAACGCGAUUCACCUCUUCCAACAUGGCCAGUACCUCCUCUAUAGUCCUGCGCAAACGACAGCCAAAAAUCACAGAAUUCAUGAAGGAACGCAAGCGUCUGGCUCAGGCACCCAAGAAACUAUCGCCCGCAAAGCGCCUGCGCACCAGCUCUCCCAGUUCAUCUGCCAGUUCCAGCUCCAGCGGAGGAUUCGGCUUGGGGACGCAUUUUGGUGCGAUGUUGAAGCGCCCGCGCCACAAUUAAAGGCGCCUGAUUCGAUGGCUAACCCACCGAAUCGCAAUUUGUAAUUUUAUAUAUAAUUUUUUAUAAGCCACUGCGAUUGAGUAGUAUUUCCUAAUUUUUUUAUUACGAACCUUUUUUAUGCAGUGCAAGGGCGACAGUUGCGAAUAUUAAUCGUUAGUCUUCAACUACUCGUAACCAGUAAUUAGUUGUAAGCCAACCAGUAAGCUCGAGCUACAUGAAACUUUUUAGAUUUCUCUAGUGAGAAAUGCCAUAAACUAAGUGAUUAGUUCUUAACAACAACCAACAACUAUUGAACUAGAAGAGAGAGAGACCGCAAGCUAAAUGGAAUUAGUCUUAACUAUCUUGAAGCCAACCGAAAUUUAACCUUUAUAACGAUGGAAUACUAACUUUACAUAACUUUGUAAAAUCCUAGCAAAUUUCUCCGGCAACUUUUGCAUUUGAAAUUUGCCGGGUGAACAAAACUCAUUCCUGUCCUCUGCCCUCCAACAGUUUACUCUGAAAGCUGAAACUCAGAGCAGAGCAGAAUUGAAUUUUGUCUUGCACUUUGGGGUCGCUAAAACGAAGCCUCAAUAAGCCGGUUUUUGGCUCAUUGCUGCCUUGUUUUUUCGACCUACUAACAUUGUAACCAAUUCGACCAGUGGAAAAACAAACAAAAAAUUGGAAUGUCUUUGAAUUAUUUUCGUCAAUUUCUGCACGUUUGGAUGCCAUGAUUAUUUGCGCGGCCGCCGAAUGCACACAAAAUUGUCGCGCUCUCAUUUCUUAACCCUAACCAGUGGUAAAAAUGUCUUUUAUGAUUUGCUAUGAUCUCUGGGCAAAUUAUGAAAACAAUUUUGCCUAAAACUAUCAUGUACAAAAACUAGAUUACUAUAUUAUACACAUAGGCAGAGCCUAUCCUUCAUAAUAACAUACAAAGCAUAUAUUUGUAAGGCCUAACUAAGAACAAAAUCCAAAGUAUUCUCCUAAUAUUUAUAUGUAUAGAUAUUCUAUGUUUAAUUAUAUCAUACGCAACACUCAUACUUCAAUAAACAAAACACAAAACACAAAA